ACUUCUUAAUCAGAGAAAAUCUCCACACACAAGAAGAGAGCGAAACUACUGAGGAGAACAGUAUGGGGAGAGUCCUGGCAAUGAUGGUGGCGCUAUCUAUGGUUGCGCUAGUCGUGGCACAAAGUCGUGAGGAGUCUUUCUGGAAAGAACCAGAACCAACCCCAUCUCCCCCUUCCCCACCAGAGGAAGCACCACCAGCCGGCGGUGGUGGAGGUGGUGGCGGCGGCGGAAGUGGAGGUGGCGGCGGCGGCGGUGGCGGUGAUGAUUGUGGUAAAGAUUGUGAAGUGACGUGUUGGAUCUGGAAACAUGUCCCCACGCAUUACGCUAUUUGCUUAGACCUUUGUAAGGGACACUGCAAGCAGUUCACCGUCUCUGAUGCCAUCCAUAAUUGCACCUUUGCUUGUGCUGACUCAAUGGCCACCAAGUUUGGCUCAGAUAAAGAAGAUUAUGUGGAUGUCUGCUUCAACAAGUGCAGGAAGAAGGGUAAUUAGCAUCAUGUGCUUGUGAUAAAAUAUAAGACAAUGAGAUGAGUCUUAUAUGAUUAAUGCAAAUAAAUGCUUCAAAUGUCAUAGAGUUCUAGCUCUUUUCUUGUUGUCUUCGGCAAUUUAUAUGCAAUAUAUAUGAAAAAAAAAAAUUGUCAUCUCGAGGCCAAGGAAUUGUCCAGUGUAUUUUAUUUUCUUGUGAACAUUAACCGGACAAUCUAAUAGUAAACAGGCACUUGAACAGAUAA